UUGGCUUUCAAAUCUGUCAAUUCCUCUGGAAAUUUGUUUCCUAUUAUCUCCUCAAAGACUGUCCUCGAAUUCUUCGGAGCAAAAGAUUUUAAGAGAGUUGUAGAGACUAUCAUUGUUCAUUCUAUAGCUGUGGAUCGAAGAGAUGGAAAAUACCUUGUAUGUUGCAGUAGGAGAAAAUGUGAAAGAGAGUAGAGCAAUCCUGUUGUGGGCAUUACAAAACUCUGGAGGAAAAAAGAUUUGCAUCAUUCAUGUUCAUCAGCCUGCACAGAUGAUCCCCUUCAUGGGUACAAGGUGGCCUGCAAGCAUACUUGAGGAACAAGAAGUGAAGGCAUACCGAAAAAUUCAAAGGCAACAUAUGAACAAGAUCCUAAUUGAGUACAUUUCCAUCUGUCGCCAAAUGGAGGUGCCGGCAGAUACAUUACAUACUGAGAUGGACUGUAUUGAGAAGGGAAUUCUGAAACUGAUCUCCGAGCAUGGGAUCAGGGAGCUUGUUAUGGGAGCAGCAGCCAACAAGCACUAUUCAAAGAAACUGAUAAACCUGAAGUCUAAGAAAGCCAUCUUUGUGUGCCAGAAAGCACCUAUUUCAUGUAGCAUUAAAUUUAUCUGCAAGGGGCACCUCAUCUAUACCAGGGAAGGUAUCCUAAAUGCUGCUGAUGCUGAGAUCAGAUCCUCGUUGCUGGAAGUAAGUCAAAACACUAAAGAUGGACCGUCCAUGGAGCGGGCAUUAUCAUCAUCUGUGGGGCAAAAAAACCAAGAAAUUCCCAUCAAUCCAUACCAAGACUCAUUCUGCAUUGAAACUACCUAUGGAAGCAGGGCAGAUAUUUCAUCUGCUAAUGGUGCUGAAGAGUUCUCGAGUCCAUGGAGCAGGUUGAAUGAACAAGGGAGUUCUGAUGACUGUGGUAGGCUUUCAAGUAGGUAUCCUCCAAGUCCCGGUCAUUCUGCAAGCCAAUCAUGUCAGGUUGUUGACAUGGAUAUGACUCCAUCUUUGAGGGUUGAGGGGGUUGAGAAUGGAUUGAAGUUGAGUUCGUUUACUGAAUCCAAAGAGCAUUGUCGACAUUCAUCCCCUCUUACUGUAUUGCAGGACAGGAAAACUGAUGAUGAUGCUCUUUAUGAUCAAAUUGAAAAGUCCAGGGAGAAGGCUCAAAAUGUGAAGCGUGAAGCACUUCAAGUGGCAGCAAAGCGUGUAAAAGCUGAAAGAGAUGAUGCUGAGUACAUUCAAAGGACUAAAGUGUUGGAAAGCUUCUAUACAAAGGAGUUGAAACAAAGAAAAGAAAUACAGGAAAUGCUAGCAAGAGAAAAAGAAAAACUUGAAAUGAUGAAGAAACAAGAAGAUGAAGUAAUGGAAGAACUCCAUGUCACUCUAGAUCAAAAAUCAUUACUAGAGAACCAAAUUGCAGAAACUGAUGCUAUGGUAAAAGUUCUGGGGAUGAGAAUUACCUCUGCAGAGGAACUGCUGCAAACUUUCAAGAAAAAUCGAGAUGAGGUGCAGAUAGAGCAUGACAAUGCUUUAAAACAACUUGAAGAGCUGAGAAGAAAACAAGGAGAAAUCUUAGGUACACCAGUGUCUCACUUCUUUUCUGAGUUCCCAUACUCAGAGAUCAAGGAAGCAACUCAAAAUUUUGAUCCAUCAAUGAAAAUUGGCGAAGGAAGGUCUAGAAGCAUUUACAAAGGUCUCUUGCGUCACACCCAAGUGGCUAUAAAGAUGCCACACAAUCGAAGCUUGCAGGCACACUUAGGAUUUCAUCGGGAGGUUGAUAUUUUGAGUAAGUUGAGGCAUCCAAAUCUUUUCACACUAAUUGGAUCCUGUCAAGAAGCAUAUGCUCUCAUCUACGAGUAUCUUCCCAAUGGAAGCCUUGAAGAUCGACUCAGAUGCAAGGACAAUACUCCCCCAUUAUCAUGGCAAACUCGAAUAAGCAUAGCAGCAGAGCUGUGCUCUGUCCUCAUCUUUCUUCACUCCUCCAAACCUAUAGGCAUAGUGCAUGGUGAUUUGACACCCUCGAGUAUCCUCCUUGAUGCAAACUUGGGUAGCAAACUUACUGACUUUGGAAUCUGCCAUCUUCUGCCGCAUGAUCAAAGUUCAAAGAAUACAAACCAAGGAACUUUCACAUACAUGGAUCCUGAGUUCCUUUCAACAGGAGAGCUUACUUUGAAGUCAGAUGUUUAUUCGUUGGGUAUCAUAUUGCUGGAGUUGUUGACAGGAAGAUCAGCCUUGAGAAUAAUAAAAGAGGUGAAGCAUGCAUUAGAUGCAGAUAAAUUGAAAGAGGUCCUGGACCCUUUGGCUGGUGAUUGGCCAUUGGAGCAGGCUGAACAGGUUGCUCACUUGGCAUUGAGGUGCUGUGCUUCUAAGCAAAAGAACAGACCAGAUCUUGAGUCAGAGGUCUGGACAUUGCUUGAACCAAUGAGGUAUUCUUGUGGAGGUCCAUACCCAACAAUCCAAUUAGGAUCUGCAGAAGAGCAUCCUGAACCUCCUCCAUAUCUUAUCUGUCCCAUCUCCCAGGAAAUCAUUAGAGAUGCACAGGUGGCGGCAGAUGGUUAUACUUAUGAAGCAGUGGCUUUGAGAAAAUGGCUGGAAAGUGGUCAUUAUACUUCACCCAUGACAAACCUUAAGCUUGAACACUGCAAUCUGGUACCAAACCAUUCUCUUCGAUCUGCCAUUCAGGAAUGUCAAAACAGGCAUAAAAAAUUCAAAUAUUGAGAUAUCUUGUACCUAUUAAUGUCACUUCUUUGUUUUUUUUCACCCACACACCUAUCCAACUUGUUUACACCUAUUGUUUAAAAGAUUUGGCUGAAAUAUAUAUAAAUAGGUAUCUCAAUUGCACCGAUCCAUGUCUUUUC